AUGCUGCGACCUGCGGUGGAAUCUGCAAUCUAUGAGCACGGCCAGGGUGAGAGCUUGCGCGCUCGCAUUGUGCGACGGGUGGAGGAAGACUCAAAGAUCCAUCUAACCCUGGAGCAAACAGACUUCACACAGGGCCUUUCAGACGAUGCUUUUCUCGGCAAGAAGCCCGAAGAGAUCAAAGAGGUCUCCCUUAGGAUGGGAAUCGGCGAGAUUUCCCACGUUAACCAAGGUGUUGCGAAGCUCGUGACAUGGUUCCGAAAGGCAGAGGAGCUGCAACUUGACCGUCUUGAUUUCUCUGGAACCAAACUUGCAGAUGAUGCCCUGGGCCUGAUCCUGAAGCUUCCUUGCUUCCGCAAGCUCAGGUUUCUUGGAUUGGCAGAUACGCUAGUCAGUGUCGACGGGCUUUGUGACGUUAUCGAAGAAGUCUUCAGGUGUCGGGCUGGAGAGCCGGAGACGGAGCGGCACUGGCUAAACGUGAAGAUGGGCUAUAAGUUCUGGCCGCGCAGCCAACCGAAGGAUCAACAGAACAACCGAUGGCACGCCUUGAAGGGGCGAGUUUCAGAGGUCGGAGGGGAUUGCCGUUAUUUUGACAACAAGCGCUGGAACAAAAGCUGGAUGUUGCACAUCGUCAAAUGCCAAGAUCGGGAUAGUGCAGGCAGGAUGUUGCUGAAAGUGUCCGCCUGA